CUGGAUGCCAGCCAUCGUAAACACUCAGAGAAGAAGAAGGAGAAAUGGCAGCCUACAUGAGGAACGUGAUGCUUCUUGUCUCCAGAGAACAAACCGCUUUUCUAACCAGAGGCUGCGGUGUCGCUGUGACAUCUAAACGAUAUGUCCGCGGGCUGAGGAGGAAACCGGUCCGAGUCCUGUUCCCCGACGCUGAGGAGGAUCCAGGGGUGAAGAAGGAGGUGGAGAAGAAGAAGGAGGUGAAGAAGAAGGAGGUGAAGGUCACAGCAGCAGCAGAGCACCAUGAGGACAGAGGCUCCUUCAGAACCAGGAGGAACGAGCCUCCAGUGUCUGUCAGUGAGGACCUGGUCGAUGACGUGCGCUUCGAGAGAGCUGCUCCUGGAGACAAGAGACUGGCGAGGUUAGUGAGCGUUGCUCGUUCCAGGACCUUUCGAGAGCACCAGGGUAAGAUCCUCCUGGAGGGCCGGCGUCUGAUCUGCGACGCCCUGGAUGCUGGGGCCAACCCGCAGAUGGUGUUCUUCAGCACCAUGGAUCGGCUCCGAGAGCUGCCCCUAGACAAGCUGAAGAGGGCCACGCUGGUCAAAGUCAAGUUCGAGGAAAUUAAGAUCUGGUCCGACCUUGUGGCUCCACAGGGGGUGAUCGCCAUAUUUUCUCUUCCGGACCCAUCGAGGCUGAACUUCGCAAAUACAGGCCAUUCAGUGCCGCUGUCCCUGAUAUGCGACAACGUCCGAGACCCAGGCAACCUCGGGACGAUGCUGCGAUGUGCUGCUGCUGCUGGAUGCCAUAAUGUCCUGCUCACUAAAGGUUGUGUUGAUGCUUGGGAGCCUAAAGUCCUGCGUGCGGCAAUGGGAGCACAUUUCCGACUUCCCAUCUAUCCCAAUCUGAGCUGGGAUGCUGUUGAAAAUCAUCUCCCCAAACGUGUGACUGUCCAGAUAGCCGACAGCGGCUGUGGCCCUGACAGAAGCAGAGAAACAGAAGAUCUGGAAGCUAACGUCUCCCACAAACCCUCAAAAGCAGGAGACUAUGGCUGGGUCAGCACAAGGCGUAGCCACAGUGACAUGCGCCUUGAGGAAUACGACACUGACUCGGACUCUGAGGACGAGGGCCUUUCACUCCCCAGAGUGGACGCCAAGCUGUACCAUGAGAGCUGGGCUCAGAGUCCCACUGCUCUUGUGAUCGGCGGCGAGACGAACGGUCUGAGUCUGGAAGCGUUGGAGUUGGCUGAGAAGACGGGAGGUCAGAGGCUCUUCAUUCCCAUCGUUCCUGAUGUGGACAGCUUGAAUUCAGCCAUGGCUGCCAGCAUCCUUUUGUUUGAAGGCAGGAAGCAGCUGUUAAAACUCAUCCAAUCUGGAAGGAAAUGGAAAACCAAAGCUGAGGGGCAGCUACCAUGAAGUUCCCUGUAAAUUACAUUGUGUGUCCAUACCACCCACGUAGUGCUCUGCUAAUAAUAAAACACUGAAUUGCAAUCAU